UGUUCACAGUCCAAACUAAGAACAACAACACAAACAAACACAAUGACAGAAUUUCAACCAUAAUUACUUGACGUUCAUGUACCACUGAGUGUCUCAGAUUGAUUAUAAGUCUUAAUUAGACAGCGACAUGAUUGGACUGACCGUCACGAGGAGCAAGAUCUUGACGAGAAAUUCCGUCUUGCUGAACGUCCUAAAACGCCACAGGAAAAGGAAUCGAGAGCCAAAGGUGACAAAUUCCCAGCGGGCAUUGGAAUACUUCGACAUUGCUUAUGCACCUGUUUAUGGCACACGUUGGCCCUCAGUAAGGCUGGCUCUCCUCUCCAAGCCAAAAUACGUUGCCGUGCUCAAUAACUUCGCUAGUUAUAAUGAGACGGUUGAAAGGUUUCAGACCCUAGGGGCCUGGGACAUCGGAAAAAAGUACUCAGCCAUAAGGGAAAGAAUGAGAAUGAGACAAGAACAAAACCAGACAGUUUCCCACGACCAAGGAGAAGCACCGGAUGAAGCAACAGCUACGGGGAAGUUUGUGAGACCAUCGCUCGUUGAGCUUGAUGAUGAUGAACUGGCAGCCAGGGCUAGGUUAGAGCCCAAAGGACGUUACCCAGAGGAGUACAGACAGCGUGCAGUGGCCCAGAGUCCAGACACAGAUGAAUUUGAAGUGGAUGUAACAAGUCGAGUGAUAGAGCCCUCAGAAGCGGGAAGUAGCCUGUUGAUGGACUAUGUACCUGCUACUAGGUUGAAGGGCUUGGAGAAUUGGAUGGAAGAAGCUGAUGUUUUCACACAUGCUAGUCAGGGUGAUCAGGAAAUAGGUGUCACAGUUGUAAAGCAAGAAGAACCUAUUGAUUUCCCCAAAAUGCUGAAGAUAUUUGCGUUCGAGAAGGGGAACAUCUCAGAUUUUCCGCAGCCCAGGUCUGACCCCCAGCUGAGAGUCCUGGACCAUUAUGCAAUGGACGGGGCAUCACUAUUACCAGUCCUGGCUCUGGACGUUAACCCAGGGGAUCGGGUUCUUGAUAUGUGUGCCGCUCCUGGCGGAAAGUCACUACUGGUGCUCCAGACCCUCUUGCCAGGGUUGUUGGUCAGUAAUGAUGUGUCAGAAGGUCGUGUUAAAAGAAUCAGAAGUAUCUUGAAGCAGUAUGUUCCUAGAGGCAUGUCAUCUAUCGAGAAUAUGACAGUUGUAACACAGAAAAAUGGGUGCCUAUUUAGAGAAGCUGAGGAAUACGACAAGGUUUUAGUAGAUGUGCCUUGUUUGACAGACAGACAUUCUCUUAUGGAGGAUGAUAACAGCAUAUUUGAGACAAGCAGAACUAAGGAGAGAUUAAAACUGCCAGAACUUCAGAGCCAGUUGCUUGUGUCUGCAUUACAAGCUGUUCGUCCAGGUGGGACUGUAGUUUACUCCACUUGCACAUUAUCGCCGUUACAAAAUGAUGGUGUAGUACAUUUAGCGCUUUCUAAGAUAUGGCAAGAAACUACCAUUGAAUGUUCUAUUGUUGACAUGAGCCAAGCUGUGCAACCCCUGAGCUUCCUGUACAGGUUUGGCAGCAAUCUUGGUCUGCGUUAUGGCCAGGUGGUCUUGCCUUCCCUGCUUACCAAUUUUGGGCCUAUGUACUUUGCUAAGAUCAAGAGAAUUAGGUGAAAAGAGAGAGAAAUGAAGAAAAUAAAUUGGGAUUUCAAGCAUUGUGUCUAGAGCAAAGAAAAAAUAAGAGGACCCAUCCACAUGAUUAAGUACUGCCCAACUGGUACAAGGUUAAUGCCAGUUGUUUGAGCAAAAUUAACAGGCUCAGCAAGGUAGUAGCCAUGCAUAUGCUCAUGCUUAAGAUAAUCAAUAGAUUGGUCUGUCUGCCUCGCAGUUUGGCCACUUGCUAUCAACACAGACAGACCCCAGCACCCCCAUGUGCAGGACACAUUUUUCCCGAUGAACAGGCAAAGUCCACUGGGCAUACUUCAGACAUAUGGACAGGGUGUUAGAGAUGAGAGAACGGAGGAAAUUGAAAAUAAGUACUGUUGCAUAGUUUUCUGUGAUACAUUUCAAUAGCUAAACCUUUCAUUUUUGUAAAUAUUCAUGUAAAUAUUUUGGAAAAGAUGAUGCUUGUAAUAGAGCAUUUUCUAAUUAAAAUAAAUUGCAAUUAAU